AUGCCCCUCGGUUUCGAGCGCCUGAACGAGCGCACGUCGCGCCCCAAUGCCCUGAUAAACUUCAUCCGGCCCCUCCCAGGCACCACCUCUCCCGUCGCCGAACAAAUCCUCAACCGUGUAGCCGCAAUAUGCUACCCGUUCAUGAAGUCCAACAUGAUCCUCGUACAAGCGCUCGAAGAGUUCCCUUACAACACCGAGUUCGUCGGCCGCAACUUCAACGCCGGAGAGGUCAUACAGCUAGUCCUGCGAGAUAGAAGUGGGCGAUGGUUGCCGCAGAGGAUGGUCGAGAUGGUUUUGGUGCAUGAGUUGGCGCAUUGCAAACAGAUGAAUCAUAGCAAGGCCUUCUGGAAGGUGAGGGAUGAGUACGCCGUGGACUUGAAGGCACUCUGGGGAAAGGGCUAUACUGGGGAGGGGCUGUGGGGCAGAGGAAAAGACUUGCUCACGGGCGCAGUGCAGAUGAGUGAGGGAGAUGUUGCUGAUGUGCCUGAGCAUCUCUGUGGUGGCACAUACGGCAGGAGGGCGAAGAAGAGGAAGAGAGGGGCCAAGGACAAGCCGACUCUAUCGUAUGCAGAAAAGAAGCAGCGGCGCAUACUGAAGAAGUUUGGUGCUGGUGGUCAGGCAUUGGGGGCAGACGACGAUACCAAAGUCAAGCUUGAAGGUGGUGUACCGAAGAAAGGAAAGCCAAGAGUAGCAGGGAGUGCCCGCGGUCGAGAUCUGAGGGCUGCUGCAGCACUGGCGCGCUUUGACACUGGGAAGAAAGAAGACAUCACAAUCAAGAAGGAGGAAACACCAUCAGACAGCGAAACAGAAGAUGAGUUUGUCGAAGGCGAUCAAGAGGGUGCAGCGGUAGACGUGGAUGGCAAGGAAAUGCUCGACGAUAAAGGUCGCGCUUUGAUUAAGAUCUGCGAGGAUGAAGACGACAAGGACGGCAAUGCGAAGAGGGAGCUGGAAGAGAUUCAGAGCUUCGCACCACAGCAUCAAUCAUUGAGGCUCCCUCCAAACCGCUCGAAUACCCUAAAAGUACCUAAACCAACCGCAAAGCAACCCGAAGCCGCCUCACGGAUUUCACCCGACUGGGAACAAACCAUACGCCCAGCGAAGUCUAUGUCCUGCCCGUUGUGUUCCUUCUACAACGGUGACGAGCCUCUUACCUGCGGCGGGUGCUCCAAUGUCUUGAAUCCAAGUCUCCUACCAGAUAGUUGGCAGUGUAGGAGUAAGGCGUGUGAGGGGAGCGAGUACGUCAACGCUGGAGAUGCUGGUAUUUGCGGUGUUUGUGGCAUGUCGAGAACGUCGACGUAA